CCCCUUCGCUCUGGCUCGGCGCUCGGCCGUGGCGCCUGAUCAAGAUGGCCGCGCCCACUGCGGCGGGCCCGUGACCGGAGGGCCAUGCUGGCGCUGCGGACGGUGCUGGGCCGCUGCCUGGCGGGGCCGGCCCGCGGCGGGGCCGCUUGCAGUCCCCUUAUUCAGACAGCCAGAUGGUACGCUAGACCUGUGAAAAAAAGAAUGAAAGACAUCCCCAGCCAUUUGGAUGACCUUCCUCCCACAAUGCUGAAGAAAGGUUAUACCGAUGUCCCAGUAGUAAAUAGUGUGGAUGAUGUAGUGAAAAGGCUGUUGUCACUGGAAAUGGCAAGCCAGAAGGAAAAGAUGAAAAUAAAGACACAGCAGCUGGUGGAGAAGGUCAGGAGGUCUCCCAGCGACAAUGGCUCUUUUGAGGUGCAAGUUGCUGUGUUGACUGCCAAGAUACGCAGUUACGAGGAGCAUCUUCAGAAGCAUCCCAAGGAUAAAAGUAACCGCCGCCGCAUGCUGAUGGAUAUAGAUCGCCGGAAGAAACUCCUGGGCUAUCUUCGGCGUGUCCGCUAUGAUGCCUUUGAGAACACCUGCAAGCAGCUGAACAUCCAGUACAGCCUGCCCGCUGCCUACUCCCGGCGGAUCACCAAGCGCUGGCUGGUGAAGAAGGCUUUCUGGCAAUUGGUGUUUGAGGACUGGCCUUUUCCUGCCCCGUGAGUACCCACACGUGUACAGUAGCCAGCACUCACUACCAGCCCAGUGGUGAGUGCAGUCUGCUGCAGAGAAAGAGCCAAGAGAUGCUAGUUCUGGUCAUUGGUAGUGGCAGAAAAUCACCUCAGGAGGCAUCUGUGCCCCUCUGUGCCAGCUCGGCGCAGGGCCUGCUCCACAGCUGCCAUUAGCCACCCAGUGCUGGGAACGUGCAGGCAAGGAAUGGCAACUGCAGGCUCUGCGGGAGCAGGAAUUCGUGCUGCCCUUGGUUGUAUGAACAGUGCAAAUGCUCCCCAAGAGCCUGCAGUGCAAGGCGAGCAUCCCCAUGCACUGCACUGAGCACCCACAGC